AUGGAGGUUGUGACCUGGGAGGCUAGUGAAGAAUUUGAUGUUGGACUUUCUCCAUUUAAAGAUGUCCAAAGAAACUGUGAAGAAAUCGGUUUGGUAAAUGAUAUUGAAACUCAUGUAAUUGAUGAUACAACAAGCUACACAUCGAACAAUGAGAUUCAGAAUGAUGAAAAUCCAGGACAGGGCAUAUCAAUAUCACCAGGUGGUACUAAUUGGUAUACUCCUGUAGUCGAAGAAAUUAUCAAGCCCGUAAUAGGAUCUGUGUAUCCGUCAUUGGAUGUAGAAGAAUCGAUAUACCAAAAAUAUGCUGAGACGAGUGGUUUUGAGGUACGACGAUCAACCCAAAAGAUUAAUUCUGAUGGUGUAAUACAGAAUAAAUACUUCGUAUGUAGUAGAUUUGGUUUGCCAUUGAAAAAGUCGUUUGAUUCAAUGGUACGCCGUAAACAUCAAAGAGAAGUGCGGAACUCCAAUAUAAAAAGGACCGGGUGUACARCAAGUGUGAAGUUCCGAUUGAUGAAAGGAACAACAACAUAUGAGUGUUACGAUUUUAAAGAGGAUCACAACCAUUCAUUUUUGAGACAUGAGGAUAUGGAUUUGACCAGAAAAGGACGCCAAAUGAAAUUUUCAGAUCAACGAUUUGUUCAUGAUGCCGGAAUAUCAAAUAUGGGUGCCACACGGGCGCAUAAGUUGCAUACAUCUCUAAGAGGAGGGUACGAAUACGGUGGACCAACGGUUGUCGAUUAUCAAAAUUAUAAGAGGGAUUGUGACAAUUUUGUUGGUCGUGGUGAUGCAAAGGUGUUGGUUGAUUUGAUGACAAAGAAGAGGGAUGCUGAUCAUAAUUUYUUUUUCGAGUACAAUUGUGUUGGUAGCGAGUUGCAUACUAUCUUCUGGGUUGAUGAAGUAGCUCGAUUCAAUUAUUCUGAAUUUGGAGAUUUUAGUUACGAUCUCGUUAAUAAUACCACGUUUAAGAAACAAUUUUUCAAGCUCGUAUGGAACAUUCACUUAUCACGUGAUGAGUUUGAGAGUAGAUGGAUGGUUCUUAUCGAGGAGUUCUCCCUUCAAGAUCAUCCAUGGUUGAAAGAUAUGUUCGCUCUAAGAUCUCAGUGGAUACCCGCGUAUUUUAAAGAGCUUCCAAUGUGUUGCCUCAUGAAGACAACAUACAGGUCGGAAAGUGCGAACUCAUUCUUUAACUCUUUUUCAAAAAGUGGAAACAAUCUUUUUCAGUUUAUGUUGGGGUUUGAAUUUGCGUUGGAGAAACAACGUCGGGAGCAACGUCGUCUUGAUUAUCACACGAGAACUACCUUACCUAAAUGGUUGACCUAUAGCCACCUGGAGAGGCACGCCUGUGAGAUUUACACGCGUUCUGUAUUUUUUGAGGUGCAAACCGAGAUACACAGGGCUGCGUGGACAUGUUCAAUUAAGAGUGUCAAUUCAAACGAGGAAGCAGAAACAUAUAUAAUUGAACAUUUAGACAAAAGAGAUGAGAAAAUAGCAGAGUAUAAGGUUGUUCGGAACUUGAAGGAKUCUACCRUUKUUUGUAGUUGCAACCACAUYGGUCGUCAUGGUUAUUUAUGCAGACAURUGUUCAAAGUUUUGCUAAACGCCGGUGUUGAWWCUAUAYCUGAAGAAUAYAUUUUGAGAAGAUGGAGACGUGACCUUAUACCUAUUGAACUUCAAAACAGCCGUCAAAGAAUAUGCGACGUAGGGGAGGAUCAACGGAGAAUAAUUAACGAUACAUAUGAAAUCGUCGAUGAUGUGUUGGAUAUAUUAARARAUGACAAWGAAAAACUAGAAUCAUUUGUGGCUAMACUCARAGAAAUGAGAGAURAUGUAGCMAAAGAUCGCACAUAUGAACCUUCRAUGAAACGUAAAGAGCGUGRAAUAGAACAAAUUCUUGGUUUUACAAGACCURAUAACAUUGAGAUACAUYCUGCUACCGGUAUAAGAAACAAAGGWUGUGGUACGUCAAAAAGAUUGAUUGGUGCAGCUGAGAAAGCAACAKUGAAGAGUAGCAGGCCUAAGAGGAUGUGUAGGGGAUGCAAUAUGAUGUCUAAUCAUGAUAUCCGUAACUGUCCAAAUAAGACAAAGUAG